AUGUAUACAUCCAGAAGCACCAAUGAAUGGAUCCUCGGUGGGUUGAUGGCUACCCAGGCAAUCAUUAUUUUCACCAUUGAAAUCUUUAUCCUUGUGGAAUGGCAACUAUGGAUGCGCCCACAGGCCAUUCAAGUCACCCCCUCAUACAUCGUCCCUGUUGACGCUGCAAUCAUAUGGUUUGCCUGCACCUAUGAAUUCUUACUCUCUGUCGACGCUAUGCGUCACAAGAACAACAUCCUACUAUUCGCCACCUGCGUCAGUAAUGUUUUCGCCAUGGCCUUCGCGGCCAUGCAGUAUCCGGCCAUGAAGGGCUUCUGCGAUUCCAUGCCUAAACAGCGGGCCAUGUAUGAUAUACCGGUGGUAGACAUCAGUAGAAACAUCUGGCCGCAAAUCUGA